AUGUCAUCAAGCCCUGAGUCUCCUAAGGCGUACCAGCCUCUGGACGAACCGGCACGCCUCCAAACGUCUGAAUUUGGUACGACCCGACUGCGGACAAAACUCAAGCUGGUCGAUCCUGUUCCCAUAAAUCCGGAGGAUGAAGAGGCUGCACCUCUUCUUGGCCAUCAGCCAUUGGAUCCAGGUGACCCCCGAGUACUGCCCCUCAACUUACACAACGUCAAGCUUCUUAAGCAGAUCAAUCGGACUUUGAUAAUUGUCAACAGCAUCGUUGCCCUUUUGACGUUUCUCUCCGACUUCAUCAACAUUCCUGGUUUCUUCAAUCCUGGCCGAAGUUUCUACGAGUUGGUCAUAAUCUUACUAACUGUACUUACUAAUGCCGUGUGUUUAUGGAGAUUUGAUGUGCCACUGUCGUAUGAACGAAAAGUGGGCUACACUCAAGCCGUUUUGCUUUCGAUUGAUUUAGUGGUAAUCCUUACAGUUCCUGCUUUGAGAGACUCAAUGGCUUUACUUGGCACGUUUCUCACUCUAUGGCUUCUUCUCAAUGUUACCUUCGAUGCAGUGUGCAAUUACUACGUCGAACAAGGGCGCAACUAUCAAGAAAUCAGACUCACAGGCCGUAUUGAAACUCGUCGCCUGAUUGGUGAAUUACUCGUGAUCUUUGUGAAACUGGUAGCGAAACUGUCUCUUUUCCUCUUGGUGUUCUUCAUUCUGUGGAGAAUUUGGUUGAUGGCGUUUGAUACUCAUGAACGCCCGUGGGGAGAUAAGGUAAGCGUUCAGGAUGGUCAGCUCAAAGUGCACGUUGCUUGUUUUGGCGAUGUAUACAACGAAAACGUCGCGAUAAGCGAAAGUGACCCUAAAAAUUCGAGUGAUCGUCAGCCAAUUCUUCUAAUCGAAGGAGGGCAACUUACUCUGAGCGAAGUUUUUCAAGAGUGGAUUGAGGAGCUUUACAACUUGGAUCAGAUCGAGCGGUAUUGUAUUUGGGACCGUCCAGGGUACGCAUUUAGUGACCUGGCACCAUCGCCUACCCUGAUCGGUAUCGUCGUUGAGUAUUUGAUAGAGGCCCUCGAUCACCUCGGUGUUCAUGGUCCGUUUUCUUUAGUAGGAUUUGAUAUUGGAGGACUUUACCUGCGUAUGUUUGCUCUGCGCAAGCCAGGUCAAAUACACCUGAUAAUGUUGGUGGAUGCAUGGUCGGAAGAUCUCCUCAAGAAUAACCCUUUUUCAGGACCUAACCGCAAAAAUGAGCCUAAGAAAGUGUUUAAAAACAUUUUGGAGACAAUGAACAAUUUAACCGGGCUCAAAUUGUGGUUAAAGGGGAUGGUCUCACCACUAGGCCUUGUGCAAGCAUUUCACUGGUUGUUCCAUCCACGUCGGUUUAGUUCCAAGAGCCGCAUCUUUGGAUCAGACAUGUACUGGAACUCCAAAUAUAUUCGAGCUCGAUUACAAGAGCAGUUGACCUCAGGAAUAUUAUCUUACAAUGAGGUCAAAGGUGCUGACAUUCAUAACCUCCCGUUGGCAGUAAUAUCUUCUGACUUCAUGAUCAAAAACUCGCUCAACUGGGGUAAAUGGCAACGUGAGUUGACCAAGCUUCUGACCAACUGUAUUGAGUGGGUAAUUGCCGAGAAUUCGAAUCACUUCAUUUGGGAGCUGCCGAAGGGUCGUAAACAAAUGCAAGAGUUAUUGUUGCAGUUGGUCCUGAAUAAGAAAAAGUAUGACACGGUUGCCGAGUCAUAUAAGGUUUAA